CCGGUCAUUGAGAACACGUACAAUUUCUCUCAUACUGUACACUUUUUCAAUCUUGUGACAACCAGGCUGGAUUGAACUCGAAUACCGAAGACUAGAACGAGCAUUGCAUCAUGGAUCUACCGUGGAAGCCUAUUUAUACCCAGAGUGCCGGGGAAUUUGAUUGGGAGGGAGGCAUUUCCGCCGCUUCCGACUCCACCGACGAUGGUUCCUACUCUCCGUUCGCUUAUUGGUCGCUCGCUGGCACCGUCGGAUUUACUGUCUUGGUCUAUGUAAUGGAAGGUCACCUGGAUGCAAGGCAAAAGAAAGCAUACCAAAUCACCGAAUUCCCGAAUGAACUCGAGGCCACCGUAUCGAAAAUCGACUCGCAGGCAAAGCACUCCGAGCAGAAAGAAGACGACGCAAAAAACUCGAAAGGAAGCGACGACAAUAGCGACGAUAAGGAUGCUAUCGACAUGGACAAGCCGUUGUUGGAACAGCUCCAGGCUAAAUUCAAAUCUUCCCAGUCGUACGGCAUGGACAAGAUCAAUUUCGGGAUGGUUGCCGGUACCUACGAGACGUUCGAGAGCAUUGCCAUUUUGCUGUUAGGCUUUACGCCCUUUCUUUGGGAUCAAUCCGUCCGCUUGGGCGAAACCUAUCUCGGGAUCAAGAGCGACGAAGAAAUCAAGAUCACCCUAGUGUUUUUGUUGCUCCAAACCCUGAUCGAUACCGUUAAGAGCUUGCCUUUUGAACUCUACAAAACCUUUAUGAUCGAGAAAAAACACGGCUUUAAUAAACAAACCUACGGACUCUUUUUCUCGGACAAGAUCAAGAGUUUAAUCUUGUCGUGCAUCAUUGGGGGUCCUUUCGUUGCGUUGCUGUUGAAAACCAUCAAGGUGGGUUACUUUGCUAUGAGGCGUUGCGUUCGGCUGUGAUGGAAGUGUUGUGGAAAGCGUGAUGUGUUGUGCUAUGUUUCAAAUCUAUGGUUUACGUUUUUAUUCCGCCGCUUUUGUCCUUGCUGGAUGUCCAAGAUCUAAUAACUUCCCCCUGGUUGAUAUUCCAAAUUGUGUCCUAAUGAUCAAUGCUCAAACAGUACGGGGGAGAAAAUUUUUACAUUUACCUGUGGGCCUUCAUGUUUUUCUUUUCUAUCUUCAUGAUGACAAUCAUCCCCGUCUUUGUUAUGCCUCUUUUCAACAAGUACGAGCCCCUGGAAGAAGGAACCCUGAAGACGAGAAUUCAUGAAUUGGCCGGACGGAUUCAAUACCCCUUGAAAAAACUUUUCGUCAUGGAUGGAUCGAAGCGAUCGAGCCAUUCGAACGCCUUCAUGUUUGGCUUUGGCAGCAAUAAGAGAAUUGGUGAGUGAGUCGUUUGGUAAUGCUUGGGGCGACUCUGGACAAUUGAAAAUGCGACUACUUAUUCUAGCUUGGCCAACUAACUUAAUCAUCCUGGCAUCAUCUUUGUCACACAAAAAUGCAACGCAGUGCUUUUCGAUACCCUUUUGGAACAAGUAUCGAACAAUGAAAUCCUCGCGAUUUUGGGACACGAACUUGGUCACUGGAAACUUGGACACACGCUUACCAACUUUGUCGUGACCCAAGUUUACUUUGGUGUCGCCUUCUAUUUCUUCUCUCAAUGUUACACAUCGAAAGAUCUGUAUGCCGCAUUUGGAUUUGAUUCUACCACGUCGGGUGUCCCAACCAUCAUUGCAUUGCUGUUGUUCUUUCAGACGCUCUGGGCACCGGUGGACAAGGUUUUGUCAUUUGUUUUAACUGUCUUCAGUAGACACUGCGAGUUCGCCGCGGACAGAUUUUCCGUGGACCUAGGCAUGAGCCAAGAUUUGCAGAGUGGACUAUGUAAAAUUCAUCUCGAAAACCUGGGAGCCAUGUGCCCCGAUGGACUGUACAGCGCGUACCACUACUCUCACCCCCCACUGGUCGAACGUCUUUCGGCUAUGAUGGCCCUCGAAAAGAAGAAAGAUUAAUGAAAUUGAACGCCUACUUCGGAUUGCUCAAACCACCCUGUCGGACACGUUGCGUUUUAUUCAACUCCUCCCGAAUAUUAUCUUUUAUUCGUAUUCAUUGCAGUAGCUAAUAUUCAUAUUUUCAAAUACAAUCAGCAUUUUAUC